AAUAUAUAAACUAUCAUAUCAGGAGAAAUGAGCCUGUCUUCUGUGCGUCUGUUUGAAGAGAAAAGGUUGAACUAUGUGUGAUUUUCAAACAUCUGCUCCUCUUGUGUAGAAAUGUUUGCUGACAGGAUGUUACGGUUUCUUCUCCUACUGGCUCCUGCAGGGGCCUUCAUGGUCCAUAACACCAGACGCAGCCUGUGUGUGGAGGACUCAGCAGCUUCCGGUGAGGUCCUGCUCAGGAGGUGUGACCUUGACUCAGAGUCUCAGCAGUGGGUCUGGAUCGAUCAGAGCAUGCUCAUGAAUGUGGCAUCGUCCAGAUGUUUGUCAGACUUGCAGCCAGGACCUCUCCGGACCUUGUCCUGCAGCGGGUCGGAUCCAGCAGGGUUACUGUGGGACUGUGACAGGGACAGACUGAUCAGCAGGAACUCCUCCAUGCUGCUGUCCGUCGAUGGUCGGCGUCUGGUACUCUCACAGGACAGCAAACAGUCCAGGUGGAGGUCUCUGGAUGGAGGAGACAUCUGUCAGGAGAGACUACGAUCAAAGAGGGCAUCUGUUGAACCUGAUGAGUUUGAGGCAAAGGGUGAUCAGACAGGUGAGAGGGCGGCCAUGACGGAGGAACAGAGAGAGUAUCUCCGCUGGUUCUACCGCACAGAGGACCCGACCGUCUGGAAUUAUGUGCUGCUGGGUGUUGCCUUUGUCUGCCUGCUUGUCGGCUUUCUACUGCUAGGGAUGGGAGCAAUGGCCAACAAGAACAGAAAGAAGAUUGCAAAGUACAAAGCCGCAGCCGCUCUGGCUCAGAUGAGUGAGGGGGAACAGCUCCGGGUUAUUUCAGCGAUCGGUGAUGACAGCAGCAGUAAAACCUCGCCUUCGCCUAACAGGCUGCAGCAGGGGAACAAACCCCCACCGUCCAAUGGGGAGCUGAGCGAGCUCAAAGCAGGAAGCAUAGUGGUCACAUGGAGGGACGGAAAUACCUCCUGCCUGUACUCAGACCCAGAGGAGGAGCAGAAGGAGGAGCAACAAGUGGAGCAACAAGUGGAGCAACAUGUGGAGCAACAAAUGGAGCAACAGGCGGAGCAACAAGUGGAGCAACAUGUGGAGCAACAAGUGGAGCAACAUGUGGAGCAACAUGUGGAGGUGUCAGCCGAUGAGUUGGUUCCUGAUGAGCUAGUAAAGGCGGAGGAGUAAAGAGUUAAGAUUAUAGAUGUGUUGGAAUAUUUAUCUGCAG